GGAUCGCCGCAACACUACGACCCUCGGGCCAAUGCAGUCACGCCGGCCCGAACGCCUGUUGCUGCCUCUUAGUUCGCUAGUCUUCAUACUUUUCAACGCUUCAGUACCCAAACACGUAACUAGCCAAAGCGCUUAUCACGACCCAGUGGAAAUGACGCGCCUCGCCGGCGGCAGCAACAGCCACAGCAACGCGCAAGGGGCUGCGGCGGCCUCUGAGCCACCAGCCGCGACUGAGGGCUACUCGGGCCUGCAGCGCAUGGACCUGACCUCAUUCGGCCUGCCCACUCAGGGAGCAGGUGGUGGGAGCGGCGAGGGCGGCCCGCCCGCGGGUGCGGUGGCGGCGAUGGCGCACCGCACCCCGCCCGAGGCGCUGCCGGAGGUGCCACUGGGGGAGGGCGGCGAGGCGAUGCGGCAGCAGCUGCGGGGCGCAGACCUGACCGGCUGGGGGCUGCCGCCGGGAGGCAGCACCAGCAGUAGCAGCAACGGCGGUGGCAGCAGCAUGUCUGGGGGCGCCGGCGCGGGCGAGACGGGAGGUGCGGCUGCAGGCAGCGGCGGGGUGACUGGUGCCCUGGGUGGCAUUGCGACUGCGGGCAUAGAGGCGGUGGAUGUGGGCGAGCAGGCGCAGGUGCAGCCGCAGGGUGGUGGUGGCGGGGUUGGCCACGGCCUGACCGGUGCGUAUGAGGCGAUCCGGCGUACUGUGCAGGAGGGCGCAUGAGGGCCGGGCGGCAUUUGCACACAGGAAUGCACUAUGCGGCUGUAUUGGUGUGGGUAGCUUGCUGCUGCUAUAGACUGUGCACACGCGACCGCGUGUGUUUCCAGACCCUGCCAAACCAACACCGUGUAAACCCCACGCAAG